AUGAAUAAAAGUGUUGAAUAUGUACAUAUGCUCAAUGCAACGAUGUGUGCAACCACUCGAGUUAUUUGUGCGAUUCUAGAGAAUUAUCAAACAGAACAUGGGAUUAUUGUACCUGAUGUUCUAAAAUCAUUUAUGCCCAAAAAAUAUCAGAAAUUUAUACCGUUCAAAGGACAUGAGGAUAAAAUACCUGUCAGUAUUGAUGAUGUGCCACAGACAAUUCACAAUUCAUCCAAUACAAAAUUUCACGAUGAAACAUCGUUCAAUGAGCUAAAUGAAAAAAUAAGUAAUUUAACUGGUGCUACAGAAUCUGGUCUCGUCAGUGCUAUUUCUCAAAUAUCUGAAGUUCAAAAACGAAUUGAAGAUACGUUGAAUACACUAAGUUUAGUCACCACAAAUAAUCACGUUGAAAAAGAUAUCUGUGACAAAAAAUGUGCUGUUGUUCAUCCUGUAGAAGGUUCUGUAGAAGAUAAAAAUGACCUUGAAGUUGAAAAUAAGGAUACAAUUGAUAAUGAGUCUGUGAGUUUGCAAUCAACUACUCCAGAACCAACUGAUUCUAAGAAGAAGCGGAAGAAAAAACCAAAAAAGAAACAAUCGGAUUAGAAUUUUAUUUUAUUGUGGUGCUCAGUUAAUAUUGCAUAUUAAUGAUUUGUUGUAUUGACUCACACUUGCAUAUGAAUAUAAAUUUUGACUGUGGUGUUAUUUAAACGUGAAAAUUACAUUAAUAGUCGGCUCCAUGGUUUGCGCAUGGUAUUUUCAGUCAUAUAUGUCAGUUAGCCACGUUUAUUAUUGCGUUAAAGUUUUAAAUUAGAUUUCUGUUAUCAAGAUAUUUAUGCAUAUAUUACUUCUGAAGUCUGGAAAAAUUAGGAUCCAUUUUUUUACAUUAUAAUUGAAGCACAGAUUGAAUUUGGAUAAGGUUUUAUUUCAAGUCGAAAUAUUAGAUACUCUUAACUCAGUUUGAUUCAUGUCCCUGUAAUAGUUGGUUUAGUAUAAUCCAAGGUGCUAUUUGAAGAAACCUAUGAAUCGCAACAGUGCACGGUAGUUUUGAUCUAUUUCAUAGUUUUGAUAUACUAACUAGAAAUAAUUUGAGGUGAAUCACUUACGUCAGUUAAUUUUUUUAAAUUUAUGAAUAAUCUCUGUAUUUUGUAUACAUAUUACGCUAGUGUAUUGUCAUUGACCUCUACGAUUAUAGUUUGUUGUCUGUUACUCUGUUUAAGUGUAUUCACGCAUUUGCUCCUGAUCAAUGUGAACGACAUACUGAAAUUUUUUAAAAGACACAUCAACUUUUGUUUAAAGCUUCUGAGAAGCAUUCAGCUUUUGACUUUAAUGAAAACUUGAUAUGUGUUUAUCAUUGAAAAAUAUAUUGUAUAUGUUUCAUGAAAAUGAAGUACAGAUUUCCUAAUUCAAAUAAUUAUUGAAGGCCUAUGUAUUACACCUCAUGAAAUACUGUGAAAUGAGUUAUAAAUGUUUCAAUAAUGACUGUUUGCAUGAGAUAUGUUAUCAAAUGAAUUUUUAAGAUCUAUCAGAAUUAUUUGUCACAAACGAUGAACUUUAUAUUUGUUAAUAAGUACUGAUUUCUCUGAAUUUUGAACUUUCUUAUGGUACGUUUCGAACGUUCAUUUUGAAUACAAAUUCGUUGAUAAAACAAAUA